GCAAACGUAAAGUGACGGGCCAAAGUCUUGAAUCCAAUUGGGCCAUGUAUGGGCUUACCCAGGCAGCUUUGGAAUUGGGUUUAAUUUGAAGAGUUGAACUUGAAGAGGGGAGAAAUCAACCAAGAGAAACAGAGUGAUGGCACAGCCAAGCAAAGAGCCUUGCAAGAAGGAGGCUUGCGAUAUCCAAGCUUGUCUUUCCAAGAACAAUUUCCUUCCUCAAAGGUGCCGAAAAGUCAUUGAGCUGCUGCAAUCUUGCUGCGAGAAAUGCAAUUAUAACUCCACCCAUUGUGCUUCUGUGUCUGCUCUGCUAAAGCAAAUAGCCAAGUGAAUGUGAGAGGGACCAUGAUUUCCAUGCUCAUUCAUUCAUUCAGACUGAAUGCCAUUCAAUUUGUCUGUUUAUUCACUUUGGUUUCUACAACUUCCGUAAAACAAUUGUCUUAGUUCUUGAGGUUUUAGGUUGUUUCCGGAAGCAGAUAAUGCACUAGACGCAGAAAUUGGUGUAUAACACACCAUUUGAUAGUAUAUUUUGAUGUUUCAAGCGGUAUUAGCAUAUGCAUUACCUUUAGUUGACUUUGCUCCUGCUUGUGAAUUCCUGGCCAGCAUUUCUCGUUCCUUUGGAUAUUGGGGUCGACUAUACUAUGGAUUAUGCGUGUUUGAGCGGCAAGCUG